CUGGAGUAACGCCAGCUUUAUUCUCUGUCUUGGAGAUGAAGUGCAUUGCAUGUGUUUACAUAAAUUGGGGUCUCCUGGCUUCAGCUGUGAUCCCCGUUUCUGUAGGUGAAAUGUAUACGUCGCUGCUGAACGUAAAGCAGGCGAUCAGUGUUGAACGGAAGCUGAUCAAUUACUUGAGAACUUAUAUUGACCACGAGGUGGAGAGACUGGAGGACAUCAAACGGUUUGCUCCAGUCCACAUGCACAUGAAAAAAUGCAGAAUCUGACUGAAUUUCCACUCAAUGCAACAUCCCACAAAAGCCUGUCUGUGAUAAUCAAAGUGUGUGUGGUUAUCCCCUUCUUCUGCGUCUUCCUCUGCUUCAUUGUCCUCAUGCUUCACAUCUUUGCAUCUCACAGGCAGUUUCUGGACACCUCACGCUACAUCCUGUUUGCCUACAUGCUAGUCAAUGACACCCUUCAGCUCCUGUCCUCUGUCUUGCUCUUCCUCUUUGUCAUGGGCAAGGUAAAAUUUGCCAUUGUCUACUGUGUUCCUCUGCUGUUCAUAUCCACAGCAACUUUCCAGAACACACCCUUAAUCCUGGCCACCAUGUCACUGGAGCGAUACGUUGCCAUCUUCUAUCCUCUCCAGUGCCCGGCCACCUGGCGCUCAGAUCGCAUCUGGAUCAUUAUACUGUCUCUGUGGCUCAUCAGCUGUAUCUCCCCUGUCAUUGACCACUCCAUCGGGAAACGUUACCCUGCUGUGGAUGCCUCCUCUACCCCUGUGCUUUGUAAUCGUUUCAUCAUCAACUUAUCUCCAAUCCAGACAUUAAUCAAAGUUGCUGUGAGUGUGCUCUUCUUUGCAGUUGUGGCUGUCAUCAUCCUCUUCACAUACAUGAGAAUCCUGCUGGAAACCAGGAAGAUGAGACAAGACCGAGUGUCUGUGAGCAAAGCCAUGCACACUGUGCUGCUGCAUGGCUUUCAGCUGUUGCUGUGCAUGUUGGCUUACACUAUCCCCAUCACUGAAACUCUCAUAGUGCUGCAUGCCAACUGGCUACCAGAAGACAUCGCCUUUUUCAAUUACUUCUGUUUCGUCCUCAUUCCACGCUUUCUCAGCCCGCUCAUCUACGGUUUUCGGGAUCAGAGUCUCAGGGGCUACAUUGGGAAAACUUUCCUCUGCUGCACAAACAAGGUCAAACCACGUGUCAGAGGCAAACCGCAGGACUGCUUUUUAAACUGA